AAUUAAUAUAAAACCAACAAAGAUAACACUAUCUGGAUAAGUAGAUACCUUAUAUACAGUAUUGAUAUAGAAAAAUCCAUUUCUCGUUUUCGUUAGUUUCGUGCGAAAUUAUUCUCAAUCCCAAUAAAUUAUUAUAACAUGGAAACAGAAAUCCCGGAAGAUAUAUUCAAGAACAAUUUCGAGGAAAACUGCUUUGGACAAACAGUAUUGCAUUUUGUGGUUCGAAUGGGCAAACUUGAGCUAACCUGUAAUAUCAUUCAAAAAGGAGGGAAAAUAAAUAAACUAGAUCAUUUCGAUAAUACACCCUUAUCACUAGCAUGCAUCGAGAAACCAAACAAGGAUAUUGUGGAAGUAUUAUUACGGGCUGGAGCUAAUGUUCAUUUUGAAAGACAUUUUCAUAUGGAUUUGUUCUUAGAAUGCGUCAUGUACUGUACCUCAUCUGAACAACUUGAAAUAAUCAACUUAUUAUUGGAGAAAGGUAUAAACGUGAAUGUAACUGACUCUAUAUGGAACAGAAACUGUAUACACUUAGUGGCAAUAUCAGGAUACAAACCUUUGGCAACAAUUCUUUUGUCACAUGGAGCAAUUCUUCACAUCAAAGAUAAUUUGAAUUAUACACCAACUGAACUAGCAAGUAUCCAUGGAAAUAUUGAAUUACUUGAAUUGUUCAGUUCUUAUUCAGAGACUCCCGAAUAAAUAUUUGUUCCUCCACCUAUUCUAUUUUGGAUCAUUAUUAUUGCACUUACGGGAUUGAAGUCAGUCCAUGUAAAAACUUCC